AUGCCGCCUCCGGUUAUACCAGACCGCACUUCAAGCAAGAGGCUUCUCGAGACAAAUGACCAGCUAGACACUCAACUGUCCAAAGUCCGGGAAGACUUCAAGAAAAUCAAAUCAAAUUUGAAGCCCAAGACCAGUUUCGACUCCGAAUAUUGGGCACAAACUGUGCAAAUAGCCGCGUUAGGAAAAACCUCAUCACAACUAGAGCUUCACAAAGCAGCAAACAACUACGUUGCGGUGGGACAAAAAAGUGAGGAGGACUUCAUGAAACCCCCAAUUGCUGACCCCCUCAAUGUACAAGUCAAGUUCUGGGAAAGUGAACGCAAGGUCUACCGUACAAGGGAGAUAGAAAUGAAGGUUAGCAGUAAGAACCCUGAGCGCAGAUCUCGGCAUGUGUCUAUGCAGCUGUUCACAAGCUCCCCAUUAGGGCUCGGUAUCAGAGAGACCAUGGCAAGGCGUCGCGAUGCAAAGAAUCAAAGUGACUUUAAGAGUGAGGUUCUUCGGCAAUAUGAUGUGGUACAUCCUGAUACUCCAAAUAAAUACUGGAAUAUGAUUUCACGACAAUACGAGCCUAGGACAGCCUUCACGGCCUCACACAUUGUAGCCUGUCGACACGGCCAAGAGAUGAUGACGGCAAUCUUCGUACUGGACGCAAAAGGCGAGCUUUUCUCGGCGUCAAACGGACUCAUGUUGCCGACUUUAGUCGAAGAACAGUUUGAUAAUGGUAUGAUGGCCAUUGUACCAGCCAUCAAAAAUCCGUCUUCAAAAGCAGAAGUCGCAUUAUGGCUGAACCAGGAACCGCGAAAGUACAAGAUAAAUUUUUUUGACAACGCACGGCGUGCCUUAGAUGAGGAUGUGUAUGACGAUAUGUCUUCUGGUAAGGCCGUGCCCGUCAAGUUCAGAGACCUACACAACCAAGAGCUCCAUUUCCGUGGAAAUUUCCGGCCCCGGGCUCGAUACCUGUACUUCCAUUAUUGCUGCCAAGUUUUGCGAAACGCUUGGAGUAAAGGCGCGAAUGUAAAGAGUCUUUCUACGAUGCAGGGUGAGCACCGUGUCUUCGCCUGGGGAACUGUGGGAAAGUACAUGGCUGAAGAUCAAAUGCGGGCGUUUUUAGAAGAGCUGGGACAUGAAUACAAGCCUUUGAUGGCAAAUGCAGAUCCGGCACUUGAAAUAGGCGCUGAGCGGCAUGUAUUUGUCGAUGCUGCGGCUCGUCAGGUUAGCCUCGGUGCCAAGAAGGAACUGAAGGGUGGGUUCGAUGAGGAUGAGGAUGAGGAGGAUGAAGAAGAAUAA